GCUCUCUUCAUUUCUGGUUGCUCAAACCAACCAGCUCAAAGCCAAAGAGCUCCUCUGUCCCUCUCACACUGACCGAGCUUUAAACCAGAACUAUUCCACAAAAAAACUGAGAAAUGACUCCAGAGGAAGUUGCUCAAGCCUAAGGUAACUGGUAAGCCUCAAACCAAAGGAGAACAGGUGUAACAGACAGAGGGGAGAGCGACAGGUAAUAAGUGAAUUACCUUUCCGGUGUUCAAAUCAGUGCAGUUCAAGUUUCUACGCCUUUAUAACAGAUCUGAAGAUUUCAGCGGCAGCCAUGACUCAGAGCAAUGGGGAGAACCCUCAGAGGACCCGGAGUGGUCUCCACCAGAUCCGGGCCGGCAUCCAGUCCCGGUCACUGCUGGCCAAGAAGAGAGUGGAAAACAUCACAAAGAGUGAUGUAAAAGCAUUCUUCAUAAGAAAUGCCUUUGUGAUAUUUACCGUUGCUGCUGUCGUUAUUGGUAUAAUCCUGGGAUUUGCCUUGCGACCUUACAAAAUGUCUUAUCGCGAAGUGAAGUUCUUCUCUUUUCCCGGAGAGCUGCUGAUGAGAAUGCUUCAGAUGCUGGUGCUGCCCCUGCUGAUUUCCAGUCUCAUCACAGGUAUGGCUGCUCUAGACAGCCGUGCAUCUGGUAAAAUGGGUAUGAGGGCGGUAGUCUACUACACCACCACCACUGUGAUUGCUGUGUUCAUUGGGAUCGUCAUGGUGCUCAUUAUUCACCCUGGAAAAGGAUCCAAGGAUGAGUUUACCAAGCAGCCGAAGAUAGAGCAGAUAAGCCCGGCUGAUGCAUUUCUCGACCUCAUCAGAAACAUGUUCCCUCCUAACCUUGUGGAGGCUUGCACUAAACAGUUCAAGACGCAGUAUGCCAAGAGAGUAGUCCAAGUGACAAUGACAGUGAAUGAUACAAUAUUCACAGUCAAUGGCAGCCAGGAGAUAUCCCGGGAGGAGAUGAUCCCAGUGCCGGGGAAAGUGGAUGGAGUCAACGCUCUCGGUCUGGUGGUGUUUUCCAUGUGCUUUGGUCUGAUCAUCGGUAGCAUGAGGGAGCAGGGGCAGCCCCUCAAGGACUUUUUCGACUGUCUCAAUGAAGCCAUCAUGAGGCUGGUUGCCAUAAUCAUGUGGUAUGCCCCUAUCGGUAUUUUGUUCCUGAUUGCUGGUAAGAUUGUGGAGAUGGAUGACAUCACAACCAUGGGUGGCCAGCUGGGCAUGUACACAGUGACAGUCAUCUGUGGCCUGCUCAUCCAUGCCAUCGUCGUCCUUCCAACACUCUACUUUGCCGUCACCAGGAAAAACCCCUUUGUCUUCAUUGCAGGGAUUUUGCAGGCACUCAUCACUGCCCUGGGAACAUCCUCUAGUUCUGCCACUUUGCCCAUCACUUUUAAAUGCCUUGAGGAAAACAACAAGGUGGACAAGCGUGUGACCCGUUUUGUACUCCCUGUAGGUGCCACCAUAAACAUGGAUGGCACAGCCCUGUACGAAGCCCUGGCAGCCAUCUUUAUUGCUCAGGUUAAUGACUAUGACCUUAACUUCGGACAGAUUCUCACCAUCAGUAUCACGGCCACAGCAGCCAGCAUUGGAGCAGCUGGAAUCCCUCAGGCAGGACUGGUUACCAUGGUGAUAGUGCUAACCUCUGUAGGCCUGCCCACUGAUGACAUCACACUUAUCAUUGCAGUUGAUUGGUUCCUGGACCGAUUGCGCACCACAACUAAUGUCCUAGGAGACUCCAUUGGUGCAGGUAUAGUGGAGCACCUGUCUCGCCACGAGUUGAAGAAUAAAGACCCAGAGGUGGGCAACUCGGUGGUAGAGGAGGCUGACAAGAAGCCUUAUCAGCUCAUCUGCCAGGAGAAUGAGUUUGAGAACGAGAGGCCUGCUGACAACGAGACCAAGAUGUAGUUGUAAUAUUUUGUCAGAGGUUUCAUGAAUUCUUAUGAAAAACUUUACAUUGAACCAUUUUUCUGUUCUAAGCUCUACUUUAUAUCUCCAUGUCAAAAUCUUCUUCUCACAAAAUUGGAGGUCUCACCUGAUCACAUACAGCUAGAAUAAAUUUCACUAUGAGCCAAGAUUCGUUCCAGCAAAGUGUAUGGUCUGAUGUGGACUCUCAUGACUCCAAGUAGAGAAAAACGGUUCACUUCUGCAUUGUUUUUCUAAGGGUUUGUGCUAUGAAGCUUCCUACAUGUGUCCACCACAGGGUGGCAGCUGUUUGGUGGUUUGUGGCCUCCAUGCCAUAUCCAACUCCUCUCAGAACUGUCGUGACUAAUCUCAGCCACUAGAGGCCAGUAUCAGUGCAAGUCUUAACACUGCAGCAGAUUUACAGACCAAAACAUGCACAGACUUUUUUCUGGCUUUAAAGUUGUUUUUAUUUUUGUUUCUGUGGUGUGUGAAAAGAAGUCAUUGAAGUGUGAGUGAAAAUCUGUGGACUGAUGUGAAAAGUGUUGGAUAUCAUGCAUAUACACUGUGACCAGGCCAAUUUCAUUGGGGGAAAAGGGCUAUUUACACAUUACUGUACAGACAUUGAUGGCUUUAAUUUCUAUGAUUUUGGUAUUUUUGUACAGGAAUAAAUUGAAUGAAUCAUGCCAUUUAUUAAAUACAUUGAGGUAAACAUGUUUUCCUCACCCUAAUUGUCCAAAUCAGUGUGCUAUUGUUAGGCAAAAGAAGCUGUUAGAAUACCAUGGUAACUGUAAUUGUGCCUGCCUUACCAGUCUUAAUGGAUGAGGCAAUCUUUUUUUUUUCUUUUUUGUCCAGUCAUUACAAUCACUAGGACUGACGAACCAAAAUCACUCAGCUAUGUUCUUAGCAGAGAUUUUGAACAGUAAUCAAUUAAGAAUAUUAACCAAUUAUAUUUUGACCAAAAAAGAAGCACCAAAAAUAUUGUCUUAUUAUUUGUAAGAUUGAAUGAAAUACAAUUGAAUCAUACCCACCCAUUACCGAACAAACUGAUAACACACCCAGUGAUGCAGUAAUUAUUAACAGGAAAAUAGUAAGAUAGUGUAUUUCUAAAAAAUGGUCAUUGUGUCACUCAGUGCCUCGAAAAAACAAGCUCCUACCACAGAGCAGAUCCUGUAACAUGGCUGUGGAAUUCCAAAUUUUUUAGUUAGUGUGGAAUAUCUACUUAAUAUUAAAUAUAAAAUUAGUGAAAUAGUAAUAGUAAUUGUAGUCAGCAGAUUGGAUAUAUUAUUUUCUAAAUGAGCUAGGCUACACUCAAGUCCUGAAUAUUUCCAAUUCUUCCUUUUCUGCGUAAUGAGAUCCAGUGAUUAUUUCACACGGUUUAAUGUGGAUGCAUGCAGUAAAGUCAUGGAUUUAAUUUCCAAUCCUCAGCUUUUAUUUUGUUAGUUUGGAUUUGUAAGUGCUGCUUUGUAUUUAAACUACUAUUACAUAACAAAUGCAACAUUUACAUAGAAAUUGUAUAGACGAUUAUUCUGAAUAUAAUGUACUUGUAUAGAGAAAUGUAGAUAAAAGUUGUAGAUUUCAAAUGAUAAAAGAUUACUUGAGAACUGUGUAUGUAAAGAUGCUAUAACCCAGCUCCUGUCAAACCUCAUGACCAAACUAACAAUCCCUUAUUUUCCUUUUAUGAAUGCAAAACUGGAUGAUUUAAAGGACCAAAUGAUUUAUUUUACAGACUUGAGGAAAUGUAAUAGUUUGUUUACAAAUGCUGGUGUCUCUCCUCUCAUGUGAAUGCAGACACACACACACACACACACACACACACACACACACACACACAGACACACACACACACACACACACACACACACACACACACACAGACACACACACACACACACACACAUACACACGAACACACCGAAUGGUUUGUCUUGCAUGGAUUUAAAAAAAUAAAAACAAUGAAAUCA